CAGACAUGUCCACUAUUGCUGCGUGUGUUUUGUAACACUGGCCGUCACAACCAACUCACUGAAUAUUCCAGAGGCAAGACACCUAUGAACGAACUACAAGUCUAUACAUGGUUGGACGCCACUUUGAAAGAACUAACAAACCUUGUGAAAGAAGUAAACAAGGAAGCCAGAGUUAAAGGAACCUAUUUUGACUUUGGUAUCGUGUACCCAGACUCGAGAUCACCUGCUUACAAAUUCAGAGAUAUCGGCAGUACUUGUAGUGGAAAGAAAGGACUUGAUGAUAAUGUUACACUGGCCAGUCGAAACUUCCAAAUAGGUGACUACAUCGACAUUGCCAUCACUCCACCUCAAGAGUAUUCUUAUAAUCCACUAAUCGAUGAAUGUAGAUGGUAA